AUGCAACUUUUGUGGAAGGCUGGACUAGCCUGGGAUGAAUCAAUCCCGAUCUCAAUUCACUUACUAUGGGCCCAAUUUCGGGCCCAGCUGCCCAUGAAUGAAGGGCUGCGCUUUAAACGCAGCGUUGCUCCCUCGGGGGCAGUCGAUAUCCAGUUACAUGGAUUUUGCGACGCAAGCGAGCGAGCAUACGAAGCAUGUAUGUACACUCGCUCUACCGAUGAGGAUGGGCAUGUUCUUACUCAUCUGGUUUACUCAAAAUCACGAGUCGCCCCAGUGUCGUCACUAUCAUUACCUCGAUUAGAGCUCUGCGCUGCUUUAUUACUUUCCAGACUCUAUGAUGUAACUAUUAAAACCCUAUUGCUAGAUAUUAAGGACGUCUACUUAUGGUCUGGACUAUCACACUUCAUUGGACACACCCCUCCUCCCUUACUAAAAACCUUCGUCGCCAAUCGAGUGGCGGAGAUUCAGAGGCUUUAUAAUCGUUGCCAUUGGCGCCACGUGUCUUCACAAGACAAUCCCGCGGACUCUAUUUCUCGUGGACAAACUCCGGCCGAGUUCGCUGCCAGUAAUAUCUGGCAGACUGGCCCAAGCUGGCUGCAGUACGAACCUAGCAGAUGGCCAAAGGAGGCUCUCUCUUCAAUCGACAUUCCAGAAAUGAAGCCCGUGGCUCCCGAUUGCGUGCUUUGUAUGAAAAUAGAGUGCGGACUCAAUGAUCUGCUAGAAAAGUACCACUCUAGUUAUAAAUUAAAACGGGUUGUGGCUUACUUAAUGCGUUUUAUUUAUAACGCUCGCCAUAAAGAUCAUCGCAGAUUUGAUCGGUUAAGUUUACAGGAGCUACAACAAGCUCAUGAUCUCAUAAUAAGGAUUACCCAGCGCUCAGCCUUCCUAAAAGAAAUUAAUCAACUAAAAAACAAUGAAGUAAUUUCCGGAAAUAGUAAAUUAAUUCCGUUAAAUUCCUAUCUCAACGAGCAAGAUCUUCUAAGAGUAGGAGGAAGGCUGGCUCGUUCCUUGCUAAGUAAGGAGCAGCAACACCCCCUGCUCUUGCCAGCUCAUCAUUAUAUAACGCGUUUUAUCAUAACCGAAGAACGCGUGUGGCUGAAGCAUGUUGGCACUCAAGCCACUCUAUACUUGGUGCGCCAAACGUAUUUUCCUUUAGACGGUCGCAAAAUUACGCGAAAAAUUAUCUAUCGUUGCAUUACCUGCUUUCGAGCAAAGCCGUGUGCCGCUGAUCACGUCAUGGGAAUCCUGCCUGAACCCCGUGUCACCCCUUCCCGUCCUUUCCUCCGUGUUGGAAUCGGCUACUGCGGUCCCAUGUACAUAAAGGAAAAACGCUUUCGCAAUCGCAGCCGAUUGAAGGUUUAUGUUGCAAUUUACGUAUGCAUGUCAACCAAAGCAGUCCACUUAGAACUAGUAAGUGAUCUCACCACUGAGGCUUUUAUUGGCAGCCUCCGAAGACUGUUUUCAAGGCAUGGAAAAUCUCUCGAGAUGUACUCGGAUAAUGCCACAAAUUUUGUCGGAGCAAACCGUGAGUUUAAUGAGCUACAAACAUUGUUUAACUUGGAGAAGCAUAAGAGCUCCAUAUUAAGUUUUCUUACGUCCGAAAGGAUAACUUGGCAUUUUAUUCCUCCUCAUGCCCCUCACUUAGGUGGGCUCUGGGAGGCCGCCGUAAAAUCUUAUAAGCACCAUCUGAUUCGUACAGUUGGUGAUACUCUUUUGACAUUUGAACAGCUCGAGACUUGCGUUAUUGAAAUAGAAGCAAUUGUAAAUUCCUGCCCUAUCUCUCCUAUGUCCUCUGAUCCAAAUGACCUGCUCUCCCUUACCGCUGGUCAUUUCCUUAAUGGUGGCCCUCUGACAAGCUUUCCUCAAAACGACCUCAUCAACAUACCAUCUAAUCGCCUAUCAACUUGGCAACAUGCUCAGCAGCUGAAGCAACAUUUUUGGAAGCGAUGGCACAGGGGAUACCUACAGCAGCUCAUAACCCUAAGCAGGUAA